UGAAAAGAAUAAGGCUGCUAGAUAGAGAGGUGUUUUAUUCCUUGUGGUCCCCGUGUGAAGUACGGCAGGAAGACCAUCAUUUGAUGGAACUGCCUCAGGGGGAUCCAUUAACUGUGAUACAGUGGCUGGCGAAAAGGCGCCUUCUGGCAAAUUCUCGGGAAUGCGAAGUCUGUCACAUCCCCAUGUCCAGGGUAAAGAAGAAUGGGGUGGACGGCUUCGCAUGGCGAUGCCGAAUAUGCGACACUCGUGUUACCAUCAGGAGGGGCAGCUUCUUACACGAUAGUCAUCUGAAGUUGUCCCAAAUGUUGGUAAUAUUGCACGAGUGGAGCAUGGAUCAGUCCCAGGAGGACAUAGCCCGCGUCGCAAGGAUCAACCAAACACAGAAGGUCGUCGAUUGGAGCAAUUUUUGCAGAGCCGUGUGUCGUCGUUUCAAUGAUGCCGUACCCCAAAAAUUGUGGAGAUUGACGAGUCGUACUUCUUUAAACGGAAGUACAACCGGGGAGCAGUGCGCCCCGGGCGUUGGGUGUUUGGUGGAAUAGAAAGAUGCUCCAAAAGAUGCUUCCUGGUAGAGGUGCCCGACAGGACACAGGAAACAUUGUCGGCAUUGAUUGUGCAGUAAGU